AUGUCCUCACCAGCUUCUCGUCGUGGUCGCCCGCCGAGGAGUUCGGCUAAUUCGACUCCUCGCUCAACACGAUCUCAGCAGAUCGCGAGCAGCCCUCAAUCCAACACACAAGCAACUCCUCGUGCAUCCAGGCGACUUCAAAAUGAAAAUGCAGUGCCAUCAUCAUCCCCGUUGAUGUUCCCAUCCUCGUCACCGGUCCGCGCAGGUAACCGCGCUGAGCAGACCAGAAUGGAUAUAAGUUCGCCUGUAAGAGAAUCUUCUGUCGCAGAAGAUGGCGAAACUACACCGCGUGCUACUAGGGCCGGCAUUAGAGACUCAUCGCCGAUUCGCUAUAUGUCUAGCUCAAGUCCACCUCGGAAUGGCACUCGCCAGGAUAUCCGUUCAGAUAUACCGAGUAGCAGCAGUGGCCUCUUUGUCGGCUCUUCUCGUCCAGAACUGUCUGGCUAUGCUCGCAAUACCUCGCGUCGAGGAGAUAUUCACUCGGAUACUUUUGGAUCGACACCAAACCGUCGUCGAAGGCUAUUUGUCGACGCGAAUGGCAGGCCAGUCAACGAAGGCGAUCCUCAAUCCGACGCCACUUUUUCAAACGUAAACCCCGAUACUUCGGAAGCAGAUGCGCUCGGCGGUAGCUCUACACGUGUGAUUUGGGGUACCAACAUCUCCAUUCAAGAUUCCAUGUCCGCGUUCAAGAAUUUCCUUUACAACUACGCUAGGAAGUACCGUAUGUGGGCAGAUGGAGCUACGGAGAAUGAGACACGAGCAAUGGGCGAAGCCGCAGAAGAGAGAGAGUAUAUUACGAUGCUAAACAACAUGCGAAAGCUAGGCGUCACUGGAUUGAACCUUGACGCUAAAAACCUUAAAGCGUAUCCUUCCACAUUGAAACUAUGGCAUCAGUUGCACGCUUAUCCGCAAGAAAUUAUUCCACUCAUGGAUCAGACGAUUAAGGAUGUUAUGGUUGAAUUGGCAAUCAAGGAAAUGGAAAGUUUAAGGAACCAGGCCCAGCGCAAUCAACGACAGACACGAGACAGCUCAGCUCCCCCCGUCCCAAGUUCGGACGCAAUGAGUGAGACUGGUCGUGCUGCUCCUAUUGCCAUUCCUGAUUUGGUAGAACAAGUUGAUGUCAGGACUUACAAAGUGCUACCGUUUGGCUUAGACAAAUCCGUCAAUAUGCGAGAACUAGAUCCGGCAGAUAUGGACAAACUUAUUAGCAUCAAAGGACUGGUCAUUCGCACGACUCCGGUCAUUCCCGACAUGAAAGAAGCAUUCUUUACUUGCCAAAUUUGUAAUCACAGUGUUAGAAUUGAUAUCGACCGAGGAAAGAUCAUGGAACCUACCGCUUGUCCGCGAGCUCAGUGCAAAAGCCCUAACUCAAUGCAAUUGAUUCAUAACCGCUGUGUCUUCGCCGACAAGCAAGUUAUCAAGCUCCAAGAGACUCCUGACAGUGUUCCUGAUGGCCAGACCCCUCACUCAGUCUCGCUGUGCGCUUAUGAUGAGCUUGUGGACAUCUGCAAAGCUGGUGACCGUGUGGAAGUGACUGGAAUUUUCCGAUGCAACCCCGUCCGCGUUAAUCCUCGACAACGUACGACAAAGACUCUCUUCAAAACCUAUGUUGAUGUUCUCCAUAUACAAAAAGUUGACAAAAAAAAACUCGGCAUCGAUCAGUCAACCGUGGAGCAGGAGCUCUCAGAACAAGCAGUUGGGGAUACCGAGCAGGUGCGGAAGAUCACUGCAGAGGAGCUUGAGAAGAUAAAAGAAACGUCAAAGCGGCCCGACGUUUAUGAACUUCUAGCGAGAUCAUUGGCUCCGAGUAUCUACGAGAUGGAUGAUGUGAAGAAGGGAAUCUUGCUUCAGCUUUUCGGUGGCACGAAUAAAACUUUCCAGAAAGGGGGCAACCCUCGAUAUCGCGGCGACAUCAAUAUUCUGCUUUGUGGUGAUCCCUCCACGGCGAAAUCGCAACUCCUCCGCUAUGUUCACAAAAUCGCACCGCGUGGAGUAUACACCAGCGGCAAAGGUUCCUCAGCUGUUGGUCUCACAGCGUAUGUCACUAGAGAUCCUGAGACUCGUCAACUCGUUCUCGAGUCAGGUGCGCUUGUACUGUCGGACGGGGGCGUCUGUUGUAUUGAUGAAUUUGAUAAGAUGAACGACUCCACUCGUUCUGUCUUGCACGAAGUCAUGGAGCAACAGACUGUAUCUAUCGCCAAAGCCGGCAUUAUCACCACCCUAAACGCGCGAACAAGUAUCUUGGCGUCUGCCAACCCGAUUGGCAGCAAGUAUAAUCUCAACCUGCCUGUUCCGCAGAACAUCGAUCUGCCCCCAACGCUGCUGUCAAGAUUCGACUUGGUGUACUUGGUCCUUGACCGCGUGGACGAACAAGAGGAUCGUCGCUUGGCCAAGCAUUUGGUUGGCAUGUACUUGGAAGAUACCCCCGAAAACGCUAGUGUGGAUGAAAUACUUCCCAUCGAAUUCUUAACCUCAUACAUCACCUACGCAAAAACGAACAUUCAUCCUGUUUUAACUCAACCGGCAGCGGAUGCGCUGACGGAUGCAUACGUCGCAAUGCGCAAGUUGGGUGAUGACAUUCGAGCUGCAGACCGUCGCAUCACCGCAACGACGCGUCAACUUGAGUCCAUGAUCCGUCUCUCGGAAGCGCAUGCACGAAUGCGUCUCUCUUCGGAAGUGACAGCAGAAGAUGUUGAAGAAGCCGUGCGUCUGAUUCGAUCUGCUCUCAAACAAGCUGCAACUGAUGCACGCACCGGACUGCUUGAUAUGAGUCUCCUUACCGAAGGCACCAGUGCAAGUGAACGGCGUCGCCGUGAGGACUUGAAGAAAGCCGUCCUUAGCACGGUGGACGAGAUGGGUAGUUCUGGCGGUGCACCUCGCUGGACAGACGUGUAUCGCAGACUCGGCGAAAACAGCAGUAUUGAAGUGGACGGCGGUGAUUUCCAAGCUGCGGUACGAGCGCUGGAAACCGAGGGCCUUGUCAAUGUGGUUGGCGAUGGCCCUCGACGAAGCAUUCGAAGGGUGGGGGGCACCAUUCUAUAG